AUGUAUGAGAGUUUUGUCAGGGAACUGUCCGAGAAGUGGCCGGAAGAGAAGAUCGACCAUUCUUCAAAAGCAACCAAAUUCAACUUUCUUGAACAUCGCCUCGUAACAGAACCGUCGAGUAGGUCAAGGGGCGGCAUUAAUUUAGCCGGGGAGAAAAGGAGAACAGCAUUUCAAACCCCCCGACUUUAUAUGCUUCAAACUGUCGAUACAAUGGAACCAGAUUAUCUUUCUAACUGAAGACAUUCAAUUUGUUGUCAAGCUAUGACCUUAGGCUGGGGCCUCUGGAAUGAGGAAAUGAAGAAAAGUUUUACUUUACGUAGUAAUGUACUACGGUUAGAGAGUUAUUUUAGUGUGUGCUAGGGCAAUUAUUUUUUAUCCACUUGAUAAACAGGUGGCGGCUUUCAGUGUAAGGCUUUCACAGUUUCACUAAGCACUAUCGUAUCAGGCGGUACUCACUGCAGUUCAGUAUCAAAGUGAGAGAAUAAUCUAAUUUUUUCCAUUUAUAUGAGUAGUCUUGAAGGCAAACACAUUAGCCUAGUCCCAGGUCCCAGGCCUUCUCGCGUGACUGGAUCGGUUUUGAACCGGCGGGAGAAUGCGGGAGAAGGCUUAGCGAAAUUUGUCAACUUGGCCUUCUCCGAUCGGACCGAUCCUGUAAUUUGACACCCAUCAAAUCUACGAUACACCCUUUCGAUAAUUACGGCAUUUGCUCUGGGAGCCUCGCUCUCACGAAUCGUGAGCCAAUCACCUUGCGUAAUUUACUAAUGAGAGCGAGGCUAAAAUCAAAAAGUAUGUGUGAUAUGCACCUCGACAUUUCGUGCCUCGGUCACAACCACUGUCACAACCUACGCGUCUGCGGAUAACAAUGAACUCUACUGGAUAAUUGUUAAAGAUCCUGUGAUACCCAUGCUGAUCAUACAAUGUUACCAUUUAUCCAACGCUACCCCUGUAUGUAUCUCAUUAUCAAGUAUCAUCCCAAAACACCCCACAGCAAUCCAAAAUAUCCCCAACAUUCCACAUUUCCACGUCUAAAGAGCAAAGUACAAUCAAGAACGUCUGAUUUCCUGCACGACUGCACGUACUGCACGUACUAUAACUUCAAAUUCAAACCACAAAAUGUCCGGUAAGUUUCACCCAUUUUGUCCAUUUUAUAAUACAAUUACUAUUUCCUAAACCUUUGUAUUCUUUUCAGGUAAAAACCCAUUCUCUAAACAUCUUAAAACCGUCGAAGUAAACGGCAAAAAUCUUCAAUUUUUCGAUCUUGCGAGUUUAGAAGACGAACGAUAUGGUAGGUUAUAUAAAACAAAAACUCAUUGUUGCGUUUAUUCAAAUUAUUUCUAUAAAGUCUGUAACUGCCACGGUUCUAGUAUUAUAAUGAAACCUUAAACCGCUUUAUGAUUCGAUUCGGUCUAAAUUUUACUAUGUUCAUAUAAAAUGUUACCCCUUUUUUGUUUGUAUAUAAAGUUUGUAUUUUUAUAUAGUACCCUGUUACCCCAGGGCUAAAAUUUAUUUAAUUAAUAACCUACACAAAUUGUUACACAUAUUAGACAUUCGAGGUUUAUCACAGGACAGCACAACAACACAUAUGAAAUUCGUUAAUACUAAAAAAGAUACAUAAAUUCUGUCUAUUUUAGGUUGUAAAAAGCACUCAAUGGGAUUAUAUAAUACACAUAAAUACGGAUUUAAUUAAUUAAACAAUUUGCAUUCCACAGGGUCAUUAUGUCACGUAGAAAAUACCUGGUUUAGUUCAGUUUAAUUAGUUUGUCACAAUUUACAUAAUUUAACAAGUUCACUACAAGGAAACUUUACAUAAGAAAAGAAAAAAAUAUUGCAAAACAAUGAAUGAAACAAACAUAAGAUUACAAAACAAACAUAGAUGUGACAGGAGAAAGGAACUUUUUUCACAGGAAAAAAUUGUUCUUCCAUUACAGUAAUGGGUUUUUGAAUGAAGAUUGAACACUAGCUCAGUUUUUACAUUGAUAGUAUACAUGGUAAAUAUUUAAAAACCAUUCAAAACCCAUUAAAGGAAACCAUUCAAAAUCCAUUAAAGGAAAAUGGAAAAUUUUUCCUGUAUUUUGUUUUAAUUACCUAUUUAUCACUUAUUUACUGAGACCGAGGGAACACUGCUUUCACGAGGUCUCAGUAAAUAAGUGUUAAUUAAACACUAACUAUAUAACAAUUCCUAGUAAGAGAUACUAAACACAGUCAGGAGGCCUAUAUGUAUGUGGUUAAAUAUAAGUUUUAAGUUUAUUUUUGAAAACAGACACAGAGUUUGAAAACUAUUGGGCAUCUCCCUUGAUUGAACUUAGAAUGGAUUUCCACUUACAGAGAAAUGUUUUGCCGUUGAUAUAUUUCGCUUGAUUUCUUUUGAAUUGUGACCAUCUGAAUAAAUCGGUUCUACUUGACUGCUCAACAAUUCUAAAGAAAUUGUGGGGGAAAUUUCGACAGCGAAAUUUUUCUUGAAAUUUAUAAAAUUGUUCACAUCAGGCGUAAAAAAAAAAUACCUGUGGUUCUGGUUUCAUAUCGCGAAAAAAUUAGGGUCGAUAGGUCGGAAAUAAUUUUUUUUUUUAAAUAUUUUUUUCAUGGUUUUUUCAAUAAUUAGUGUGACAACAGACGCCAUUUUGGCAGUAGCCCGCAACCACCCGGAGAAAAUAGGGUCACACGGUCAAUCGCAUUGAAAAAAUAAUAGGGUUGGCAGAAAAAAAUAGGGUCGGUCGGGAACCGGAACCACAGGUAUUUUUUUUUUACGCCUCACCAGUAAUUAUAUUCUAAUAUUCUUGUGAAUUUCUAUACGUUUUAGGCUUGGGCGGUUUACCGAUUUUUCGUUUUUUUUCGGUUUUAUUUUCAAACCGGUUUUUUCGGUUUAGCUUUUACAAAAACCGGAAAACCGUCAUUACGUAAUUGUUUACUGUCAUCGCCUGAAACUCGAUCUUAAUUCUCAAAACAUGACACUAAUUAAACACAAUUACAUGACACUAGAUACAAAUUCUAUUCUUUUUCCGUAAAGUCGGUAAGAACUAAAGAGGUAUAAGUUUUCAAAUGCGUUCUUGACCCUUUUAUUUUAAAACUGAAGUCGUUUUAAGUUACCUUUGCACAAUUUUGCAUUUUGUCAUGUACUGUUCGUUUGCUUAUGUCAAAAAAAAUACCACAAUUCUUCCUCAUUCAGUUGAAGUAAAAAUUAAAGGGAAAAACCGGUUUUACCGGUUUAGAAGCAGACGGUUUUUCGGUUUUAAUUUUAAGCAAAACCGCCCAAGCCUAAUACGUUUUCUAUAUUUCUUUCUUUCAACAACAAAAAGUCUUUUUCUUGCUCACCCCCUUGUUGCUUGGCAACAUCCCUUUUUUGAGCGCUUUUCUAUUUUAUUCCUAGGUGUAUAUUGAAUGAUGUUCAUUAAUGUUCCGACAUCACAAUAUUAUAUGAUAAGAAACAUACUUUUCUGUGCGCUUUUCAGAUAAGCUGCCAUACUCUAUUCGUAUUCUAUUGGAAUCUGCAAUAAGGAACUGUGAUGAAUUUCAAAUCACGCUGAAUGAUGUUGAGAAGAUCUUAAAUUGGGAGAAAAGUCAACAUGAUGCUGUGGAAAUACCAUUUAGACCUGCUAGGGUUAUCCUUCAAGAUUUCACGUAAUUUACGUUUGCUAUUUCUAGACUAACCCAUCACAGUAAGCUGCAGUAUGCCAACCCUUUCUUUUAAUACCUUCUGAUGUUGGAGUUUAAGUAAUAAAUAAAUAGGAUGUAUUAAAUGUUUAAAUUUUUUCAAGUAGUAAAAUUUUGUAAUUUUGUAGUGGUGUGCCUGCAGUGGUUGACUUUGCUGCAAUGCGUGAUGCCGUCAAAAGAUUGGGAGGUGACCCUGCUACAAUAAAUCCACUAUGUCCUGUUGAUCUGGUUAUUGACCAUUCGGUACAAGUUGAUGUGUCUAGAAAGUGA